CUCGUGGGGUUGCAGAGAAAGGUUGCGUGACCUUUCGCGUGGACGAUAUGUUCCAGCUGUCUUUGACUCCUGCUGGCGGCGACAUGAACCUUCCGUGGCGUAUCGUGGAGCUUGAAUUCUUGGUCCAAUCGACCGACGCGUCUUCUGGACUGGUCACCGGCUUGCUAGACCAUCAGAAGUUCACCAUUCUGCAAAGGGCUCAAGUAUUGCUGGAACAGGUCCAGAAGCGGAACGCCAAGGGUCCCUCACUGCCAAGCAAUGCGAAUUCUCAGAUUCCGGCAGACGUGGGCAAAUUCCGGCAGUCAGGAGGGGAAACGAGCGAUAAGAAAGGCGCAAACCUCUUUUCGCACACGGAUGCAACCGACGAGGCAAAGCGGCCGAAGAAGAAGCGGAAAGUGGAAAUCACUAAGCCGCAGGCGGAGAAUGGUAUCUUUGAAGGUGGUGCAUUCAAUCAUGACCCUUCGGCUGCGAUCGCCAUGGACGUCGAUGGAGAAAACCUUCUAGCGGAUCCUAAACCUCGGUCGAAGAAAUCCCGAGGAAAGAAAGGAUUCAAGCAGAUUCGAUGGGUUCACAAUCCUUUCCCAAUUCUUUAUUUAUACGAGUUUCUCGAAAGCCUUUUGACUCGCUUGCAAUUUCGGAUCGCUGCCGCACAGGCGCAUUCACUUGCAAGGAAUCGAUGGCGGAACUACCUAAAAGUGGUGGAAGGGAAAGGUCGAGAAGCAUUCGAAGUCCACUUUUGGGACAUGCCUAUCCCCGGACCGGAUCCGAAAACCGUUCCUGCAGGAUAUCAGCCGCCGCAUAAAUACUAUGUGUUAGAAGUGGAGGUGAAGGUCGAUCAGCCUACAUCAAACUUAUUGUUUGAGAGGUGGGCGAAAAAGAGGAAAAGGACCAUGCUUGCACAUCUAAGCCCCGAGCACAUGCGAUACAAAAUGUUCGGCCCCCAAACUCGUCCUCGCACCUACCUUCAACUACGGUGCCACAGCGUCCUCCCUAAUCUUGAGGGGAAACUGGAAAUCCGAGACUUCAUGAAUCCUGAGACAAAGGAACUCCUUCCGCUGAGAUUGAACCCCUCUUCGAUCGACCUUGGAGAACUUCUUCACAACAUCACUCAGUUGCAAUCGCGGUACAUCAUCCACCAGCUGCGGAACAUGGUGACAGGAAAGCCGAAUAAUCACGGACUGAGAUCAGUUCAAUGGAAUUCGGCAGCCAGGCAAAGACGGAAUGCUAUACCCUCGGAUGUAGUGCAAAGGUGGCAUCCCAUGGUCCAUUCUGUGCCAUCAUCGGAACAACGUCCAUCAUAUACCCAAACAUGCACCGAUGAGGCACGUGUUACCGAAGCAAAGCGACCGGACAGUGAGUCUGUACACGGCAGCUUGAAAGUUACGACUUUUGCCGAAGGUGAUGUGGACCUGAGCGAGUGGAGGCCAGAUGCGAAUACAGAUCACUGCGUUGCGAGGCUAUCAGUUCGCAUGAACAAGUCAUCAACCGCGAUUGUUAACAUCGAUGCAUGGAGCGGCCGGAUAAUACUGAGACACACGGGUCGCCCAGAAACUUCUUCCCACAUGCCAUUCCUACCGAUCCUUGAGCAGCGAUUGAACGAUGGGCCCAAUGAAGCUCCUGAAAUCUUCUCAUUUAUGCGACGCGCAGCUCUCAUCGAGGAACUGCUUUUUGCUUGCCAACGUCUUGGAUUGGUAGCGACAACACUGUCGCCUCUGCAACCUACGGAGGAAUCAAAGAUCAACCCUUCCCUACCUAUCAAUAAGUUAUAUAUUCGCAUCGCUGGUUUGAAAGAGGCUUGGAUUUUGAUCGCUGUAGCGAGCUCUCGGGAUUGGAUCCCCGAGCAUUGGAACAUCCCUGAAGAGAUUGCACAUCAAGGGGAGAGGAGCAGGCAACAAAAUGAGCCACUUUAUCGUGUGUGGCUGAUUGAAACAAGUUCUGACGGUCAAGCCAUGAUAAGGCUUGGUCGGGCGAAGAAGGAAAUGAACCGGCGUAUACGACGGAUCACACCAAUAAGGGUUUCAGAGGUCUUCUCAGGGGAUUCCGUCGAGGAAUAUCGCGGAACAUGGCCGGACCAUCUGAUGCACAACGAGGGGUCAAACUCGACAUCGCGCGAUUCUACUACCUCCCUGCAAAGCAUGUUGUCGAAUGAUUCAAUGGGAACUGAUCUCACUCAGUCUUCGAGCGGAGCUUCGGCUGAUAGGCGUGCACAUCUUCAAUAUUGCUGGGACUGUGUAGAUAUGGAGACUGUCGUGUCUAUCGAGAGAAUGUGCCGCCUCCAGCAUGUAUAUUCUACAGUGGUCGAGAAUCUACGGCACUGCGGUUUACCUUACGAAUACGUGUCACUCUCUGGCGAUGAGUACAUUAGCCCGGAUGAGCUUGCUAAUGAAGAGUCCCGCGUCGCUGGACGCGGUCUGAAACUUCUCGUUGGUCGCGACGAGCUCGCUGCCGUCCUAUCUCGCAAUGGAGAGGAUACACGAACGAUGUUUGACGAUUUAUACAUCAGCGUGCAGCCAUCACGCUCGAAGGGUUUCAAAAGCGCUAGUAACGCCGCGCCGAACACUAGGGUCCCUGAUGGAGAACCUUGCGACGCCUACGGUGUGCGAGUGAUCGGAAUCUGUGGAAUCGCCGGUGCCAUACCUGCAAGCAUGUUUACCACACAGGAUGUUAGCGGCGACUUCUGGACCUUCAACCGAGAGCAGAAAGCUCUGUACUUCUCCUUUGACACGGAGGAUAGCAUAGCUAGUUGCGUGGAGCUCAUGCUUGAUACACUUCGAUCGAACGCUGCGGUAGCGCUGCUUGCACAGAAAGCAGCUCGUGAUAAAGGCCGUCUGGAACAGAUUGGCGUCACAAUCGAACCCUUCGAUUUCCGACGAUUAUCGUUCACGUAUCAGAAAAGUCUCCGAGUUGAGCUCCUCGCAAAAUCAUCUCCAGAUGCAGGACAUCCGGGGGCGCUACCGAUCGGCGGCCAGAAUGACCAGCAAUGGGAGUUUACAUCACUGGUGGGCGAGAAGCAGCUAGCGAACGAGACCAAUAUGAGGCUGGUGCCUCCAGAGUUGAUAAGCCAGAUAAAACCGGUUUGGUUGGAAUUCAUCAGACUCGAGAAAGAUAUCGCAACUGCCUUCCUGGUAAUUGCACGCGCUUCGGUUGGAACAACAACCCCACGAAGGUUUCUUAUACUAACAUGCAAAAUUAUUCUAGGUUUUGUGGCAUAUGGCGCCCCUUCUUCGGUUAGUGCACAGACUACAAACAAAGCGAGGCGCACUUCUUGAUGCUCAAGGUGUCGGUGAUCCCACCGUCUGCCUGACGCUUCUUGAUUUGCGGCGUAUUCAACUCCUGUAUUCCGGGAGAUAUGCUGUUGAGCUUGUUCUGUUACGGAGUAGUCACUUCGGCCUCUAUGACGCGGUGCAGUUACCGAGACGGGGGGUCAAUCGACGCUUCCUCGAGGACCCUCGGGACGUCUACAAAGACC